CAGGCUAUCUGCAAACUUCCAUUUAUCGAAGAAAUCAGCCUUCUCUCAGAAGUUGCCAGAGUAGAAAACACAUUGACGGAUGAGGAGAGUCAGAGGAACAAAUUGGGUAUGGAUGUGCUAUUUGUUCAUGUGACUUAUCCUUUAGCAAAAAAGAUAGUUUCUUUCUAUAGAAGUAAUAUUGAUCAUCCGAACUUGAUCAGUACUCAAGUCAAACAAGACAUUGAUCCAGAAUCCAGUGGUGGGAUGAAUGGUUACAUUUUUGUUUCUAAUAGACCAGUGCAGCCUGCGCAAAUAGAUUCACCAAUUAGUUGCAUGGAUAUGAUUGCUGAUAAUAAAGUCUUGUCAGUGUUCUACAAGUGUCCAGCCUUCCAUGUACACAUUCCUAGACCACCAAGUGGAGUUCAUUAUCCAAAUAAGUCUAUCCUCAAGAAGCAUGUUAAACCCACACCAUUUUUUUGGCAUGAGAAGUCUGUUGUUGUUGGACGGUUGCAUUCUUUAAGGUGAGAAGGCCCUAAUAUUAUCUUUUUAUAGAGCAGAUUUUGCUUGUAGUAUAAUUGCAUGGCCAGCUGA